UUAACAACGUGUGAAGCAAAGAGGACGGUCUGUGUUUUUCAGAAAGAUUUUAAGUGUUGAAUGGCACUUAACGAAUCGAUGAAGUUCGGUGAUGGCCGAUUUUGACUAACGUGUCACUCGCUAAACGCACGAUCGCUUGCUGGACACAUAUUGCAGCUGAAGUUUAAAACAAAGCAAGUAGCAAAUAACUGCUACCCGACACUUAGGAUGAACUGAGCUGGUUAAGAUGGCGAAAAAGAAAUCAAAGAAGGGAAAACAGGCGACCAACGGUGACCCGAAACCUGCAGGUCAAAUUCAGGAGACUGUUGAUAGGGAAAAGAAAAGUAACAGACCAUCAACACCGACGUUUUCAAAAUACCGUGGAAUACUGGUCGCAAGUUUGGUUUGUAUGAUAGCUGUCGCGAUCGCUGUUUUUACUUCAACAACAACGAUAACGAGCACACCACAAAUUAAAGUCGUUUAUGAAGAACCAAUUUACCUUGAUCCAAAAUCAGAAAGCAGUGAACGGGAAUUUGAAAAUUUUUCUGAUGUCGGCGUGAAAGAGGAAGACAGAAGACAAAAGGAAAAAGAUGACAACGGAGGAGUAAUAGAUGCUCCUGCGGAAGACGAUCAAGAUGUGCACGGAGUACCAAGAAUCGAGGAAGAGGAGACUCAGGAAAAUUUAAGCGAUGACGAAACAGACGAUACCUCGCACCCAAACGGAGAUGAAAUUACUGAUAGUGGUGAUUUUGUCGUGGAGGAGAAAGAUCGCAGGUCGGAUGUUGGAAUCAAGGUUAGUUCCGAUAAAUUGGAAGAUGCGAUGGAAGGUUUAGAUUCUUUGGAAACGAAAGUGGAGGUCAAGAAGAAAGAGGAAGAAAAAGAAGAAGAAGAAUGGAUUGAGAAGGAAACUCCUGAGAAAGUAAAACAAGUUUUGGAGUUUCCACUCAAUAAGAAUAAAAAAGAGAUUUUGGGCUCCGUGCAAGAGCACGAAAAAAGAAAUUACGAAAAAGAGUUUAAAGAGAAUGCUGUGGACAUACCGGAAGAUAAUGAAAAGAUGUUGCAACCAGAAGAUGAAGAUGGAACAGUGAAACUAAACAAAAAUAUCAAUCAGGUGACGCCGAAAAACGUAGUCGCCGUGGAACAGGUGGAUACUACUAAUGGCAAUGGCAGCUUAUUAAACAUUGAAAAUAAUGCAACCUCUAAAAUUCCAAAUAUAUCUGAAAGUGCCACUGAGUCUGAGGUAUCCGAAGAUGUUAUAAAAACAGAGGAUACAGCAGAGCAGAAGGAAAAUGAUAAAUCCUUUGACAAGCCGACUGUUAGUCCAGCAGCAGUCGAUAAAUUAGCCGACCAGAAUUUGACGGUAAUAGUUGACAAAUUGGUAAAAGCACACCCCAGAGACAUUAAGAAGUUAGAACUAACAUUGCCAACGGCCGACAGUGAACCUCGUACAAAGAAGCAAAAAUCUUUAGACGCUAAUUACAUUAAAGUUACUGACGGUGUUAUGAAAAUGGUGCUGGAUAAAGGAUCAGGUAGCUUACCUAGGCCUGGUGACGUCAUAAGCAUGCAUUGUGUCGGUUACCUGGACGAAAAUCCACCCGUUCAGUUUUGGAGCACGCGAGAACUUGGACAGAGGAUAUUUUCAUUUGCUGUUGGCAAGAAACAAGUUAUUAAAGGUUGGGAUGAAGGCGCGGCUUCGAUGAAGCUUAGAGAAAAAAGCAGAUUAAAAAUCGAAGCUAAGAAGGCAUACGGGGUGUUUGGGUUCGAAGCGUGGGGAAUACCACCCAACUGCGACAUUAUCCUCGAACUAGAAGUGGUGAGCAUUAGGAGAAUGAGACAACUGUGACGACAACAUAUAAACAAAACUCACGCCACACCAUGUUACGUUAUGUACAAACAUGGGCGUUGCUGGAUGCUCAUAUGAUUAACCUCGUAUUUAGAUAAAGUUGGUGAAAACUGUUCUUUGUAUCUUUCGAUUUCGUGGUCGUGCCUGUUUUCUCUUCAAUAAUAAGCGCCCAUGUUUAAGCAUACUGGUAGUUACAUUAUGGACGGAAAACAAAAAAUUUGUGGCAAUAAAGUGAAACUAAUAUAA